UCGCGAGUAUUUUGCGCGAAUGUCUUGUGCGAGAGAAUGUCAAGCAUUCUGAAAGUAAGAAAUCUAGGAGAGACAUCGGACACCUAUGGAGCAACCGUGCGGCAAUCAUGUUGAGGUCACGUCUCAUUAGUGUGCCGAAAGCUAUUAAACGUAACAUUAGCACCAACAUUCCUGUCUUGCAGAAAAUAGUUGAUCCCAUACAGCAACUCUUCAUUAAGAAACUUCAGGAGUAUAAAUCAAAAAGCGUAAAUGGGAAAUUAGUUGAUCCUAGUCCGAAUAUUAUAAAAGAACGAGAUUCUGAAUUAGAAAAACUUAAUAUGCAAUAUGGUGGUGGUCCAGGAAUAGAUAUGACUCAAUUUCCUCAGUUUAAAUUUGUUGAUCCACCUGUGGAUUCGGGUAUUAAAAAGUGAACAUGUAUAUAUAUCAUAGGACAUUCAUGUACUGUUGAAUUAUUAAAUAUUAAGUAAGUCAUCUUAAAAAUAUAGCUGUAAAUUAUAAUCUGGUUUUUUUAACCUAAACAGUCCUAAACAAAACAAAUUAAUAAAUUAUCAUAAAGGGA